UCACUUUUCAAGUGUAAAGUGUAAACACGAAGCAAACUGGCGGGAAGGAGAGUGUGGGUGUAAUAUUAAAUCUGCACUGAGAGCUCCUGCCCAUCUCUGGUUGCUACAGUUUUGGACUUGUUACUCUAACGCUUGUCUGCCACGACAGUCAUCCAUUAUUGUCUUCACUCAAGUCCUUAAGAAGACAGAACAGCUGUCUCAAGACGUCGUUUAUUAGAGUAUGGCUGACACAAGAAAAUCAGAACCGAAGAGAACAAUGGAUGCCUCAUCUGGGCCGAAGAACCUCUCUCUCAACACACAUAAGGCUGGCAUGGAAGGCCUUGAUACUGAGAAGAUAAAUGAAAUCAUCAAACGUGCUUCUGAGGGAUCACGCUUUUAUCAGCACAAACAAAAACAUCAGCAGCAACUCAAUGAGAAGCUGGAGGUCAUGAAGAAGGAGGUAGCUUCCUUCACAAAGGAACAAAUUGACAAAGCCACAAAGCAGAUGGACCAGCUAGUACAGGAGCUGGAGGCUGAGCGAGACCUGAGCCACACUAUUGUACAUGUUGACAUGGAUAUGUUUUAUGCUGCUGUGGAGAUGCUGGAUGAUCCAUCUCUGAGGGACAAACCUAUGGCAGUGGGUAGCACAGGCAUGCUCAGCACCAGCAACUAUGCUGCCCGCAAAUUUGGGGUGAGGGCUGCCAUGCCAGGAUUCAUUGGCAAGAAGCUAUGCCCUGAGCUGACUAUUGUACCUCCAAACUUUGAUAAGUAUAGAGCAGUGAGUCAAGAAGUUCGGGAUGUGUUCUCCCAAUAUGACCCUGGAUUCAGCCCCAUGUCCCUUGAUGAGGCUUACCUUGAUAUCACAGAGUACCUCCAAAAAAAUUCAUCCCUUUAUGUGGAUGAGGAUGAUGGAGACAACCAUGAGCAGUUGGCACAGGCAGUGGUAAAUGAAAUGAGGCAUAAAAUAGAAGUCAGAACGCAGCUUACAGCAAGUGCAGGCAUUGCUGCCAAUACACGACUGGCCAAAGUCUGCAGUGAUUUGAACAAACCCAACGGCCAAUAUUAUCUUCCCCCUGACCGUGACCGCAUCCUUGAGUUCAUCUCCCCUCUGCCCAUUCGCAAGGUCUCUGGCAUUGGGAAUGUGAUGGAGCAACACCUCCAAGCAUUGGACAUCACACAGUGUGGUCAUCUCAUGGAGAAGCGAGGACUCCUCAAACUUCUCUUCUCUGAGAUAAAUUAUGAAAAUUUCCUCACCAUAGCACUUGGUCUGGGUCACUCAACCCUCUCUGCCUGGACUGAAAGAGAGAAGUCCAUCAGCACAGAGACCACCUUCAAGGGGACCUCUGAUAGGGAAACUUUAUUUAAGUUGUCUGUAGACUUGUGUCAUGAGCUAGCAGAGGACAUGCAGAAGAAGGACAUUGUUGGAAAGGUGUUGACACUUAAAUUUAAAACAACAGAUUUCCAGGUAAGAACUCGUGCCCAGACCCUGAGUGAGGCCACCCGCUGUCCUGAGGUCAUGGCUGCUGGCAUCAAACGACUCCUCCUGCAUGAGAUGAAUGCAGCAACAGUACAGCCUCUCUCCCUAAGACUGCUGGGUGUGCGCAUGUCCUCUUUAAUGUUCUCCUCAGAAGUGGGCCAGAGACGACAAGCUACACUUACCCAGAUGUUCUCCCAAACUGUACAACCCAAGGCAUCUUCCUCAACUACAUUUUCUCAUAGUGAACAAGAAUCCCAUCAGACACAGAAAGAAAUAGUGAAGGAAAAUGUAAGGACAAAAUCAGACAGUACGGUGGAAAGAAACUCACCAGUGACAGCAAAGACAAAUAUAUCUCAGAAAAAAGAUAUUUCAAUAGAAAACUUCCUAUCAAAGCCUAAACCAUCAAAACCAACAGAAGAAUUCACAAGACAGAAGUGUAUGAAUGUUCAGUAUGUGAGGAACUGGUUCAUGUAGAGAGCUUAGAAGAAUUCAACAAACACCUGGAUACUUGUCUUGAGAUCCAUUCUUCUCCAUCUCUACGAAAAUCAAGCAUAGACAGCAGUAAUUCUAAGGGUGAUACAGGUAUCAGGAAUAAUUCAGAACAGAGUGAGGAAAGUGAUCAAAGUAGCGAUGAUGAUGAAAUACCCAGUGAUAAUUCCCACUUGGACAACAUUGACCCCACUACCUCCAACUUGAAUCAGAAUUUACUAUGUCCAGUGUGUGAGCAGAGGAGCUUCAAUGACAUGACAGCUCUUAACAAUCAUAUGGAUGAAUGUCUCAAUAAAAGUGCUAUCAGUGAACUUCUUCAGGAAAACAAUCGGCAACAAGAAGCUGCCAGAGCACAGAAGACUGAAAUGACCAAGAAUCAAAACAGUAAGAAGAGAAAAGGGAAUACUGAGUCUCAUAUCCAUAAAAAAAGUAAAAGUGGAUGCAAUACGCUGGAUAGAUAUUUCUGCUCUUGAUGAUAAGAUUUCCAGGUAAGGACUCGUGCCCAGACCCUGAGUGAGGCCACCCGCUGUCCUGAGGUCAUGUGGAGUGUGUGUUGUGGUCUCAGUCCUACCCGAAGAUCGAUCUAUGACCUCAGAGCUCGCUCCGUAAUGGGGAAGACUGGCUGGGUGACCAGCAGACGACCAUGGUGAAUUACACACACACACACACACACACACACACACACACACACACACACACACACACACACACACACACACACAUUCACAGUCAUGAGCCAAUUGCCUCCCAGUGGAAAGUGACGUCUUGUGACCCACCUUACUGCACCCCAAGAGUCCAGGCACAGCACAGCUGGCCAUACACACAUUGAUGUCAAUACUUACCAGCAUAUGGUGGUUUACCCCUGCCCUCUUUAUAAUGAGACUGUUUCUUACCCUGCAGCUGUUCCAUCCUCCAGUCCUGAGACUGCAGCAGAUGCAGUGACUUUUUUCUCAUUAGUACUUGUAGCGGUGCAUCCUGACUAUCAACGUCUCAAUGUGUUGCAGUUGUCAUUGUAUUUGACACUAGUCAUGACAGAAAUAGAAAACAUUGUGCAGCUGCCUGGGAAUGUGAUAACAGAUGUGAUGCAUUGUAUGGUUUCUUUCCCAGAUUGGUAAAAACUUGCAAUAUAAGUUGAUUUUGCUGUGAUAAUACAAACAUUUUUGUUAUGAAAUACAUUUCUAUUUUACUACCA